AUGAACGAUACAUCCAAGAAACACUCGAUCGAACACUUUGAAUUUGUGGAGGGGAAUGGUUCGGAUACCGCUGUCUUUAUCGACCCUAUUGCUGAGAAGAAGUUGCUGCGGAAAAUUGACCUUAGAAUCUUGCCGCCAUUAACUGUUUUGUUCCUUCUUGCCUUCUUGGACCGUACGAACAUUGGCAAUGCGAAGAUUCAGGGUAUGACUGCUGAGUUGAAAAUGGGUGGACACGAUUACAACAUCGCGUUGUUCGUGUUCUUUAUCCCUUACAUCUUAUUCGAGGUACCGUCCAACGUGGUACUCAAGAAGAUUGCCCCCUCCCUUUGGUUGAGUUGUAUUAUGGUCCUUUGGGGCAUCGCGACUAUUGGGCAAGGUUUAGUCAAUACUUUUGAAGGACUUGUGGCCAUGAGAGUCCUAGUUGGCAUAUUUGAGGCUGGACUGUUCCCUGGCUGCAUCUAUCUCAUCAGCAUGUAUUACCAGCGCUACGAACUACAAUGGCGACUCUCCUUGUUCUUCUCUGCCAGUAUUCUUGCCGGUGGUUUUGGUGGUCUUCUGGCCUAUGCUCUUGCAAAGAUGGAUGGUGUUGGUGGAUACUCAGGCUGGAGAUGGAUCUUCAUCAUCGAAGGCAUCUUGACCGUCCUUGUUGGCUUCGCUGCCAGAUUCUGGGUUUGCGACUGGCCCGAGACAGCAAAGUUCCUCACCGAAGAAGAGCGCCUGCUCUUGAUCACACGGCUGCAGACCGACUCUGGAGAAGCAGUGAUGAACAGAUUGGAUAAAGCUGCGACCCGCCGCAUCUUCACAGAUUGGAAGAUCUAUUGUGGUGUGGUCAUGUACAUGGGAAUCGUCAACACAGGCUACUCUGGCUCGUUCUUCGUCCCAACUAUCAUCCGUGAAAUGGGCUACACGAGCGCCUCGGCCCAAAUCCGCUCCAUUCCCAUCUUCGUCGUUGCUGCCAUCUGCUCGCUCGUCGCUGCUUGGUUGACCGAUCGUCUUCGCCACCGCUUCUCGUUCUGCAUCUUCGGCCUUGUCGUGGCAUCAAUCGGAUACAUCAUGCUGCUUUGCCAGACCAAUCUGACGGUCGGCGUCAAGUACUUCGCCCUCUUCCUCGUCGUUCCCGGCGGCUACAUCACCCAACCAAUCGUUCUGGCCUGGGUACAAAACUGCAUGUCAGGUCACUACAAACGAUCUGUCUCGGCUGCCAUGACAGUCGGAUUCGGCAAUUUGGGAGGAAUCGUCGCUUCGAAUGUGUUCUUCACCGAGGAAGCUCCAUUGUAUCGCACAGGAUAUGGUGUUGGUCUAGGCUUCCUAUGGAUCUGCGGUCUGGGCUGUGUUGUUCUCUUCGUUGGUGUUAUACUGGAGAAUAAGAAGAGAGAUAGAGGGGAAAGAGACGAUAGGUUGAAUUGGUCGGAUGUCGAUAACCUUGGGGACGACCAUCCUACUUUCAGGUUUACUACUUGA